UUCUUUGAACCUUAAUCUUUUGUUUUUCUAUUGCAGUUAUUUCUAAGAGAAAUGAACAGAAAUAACCCGUAUUGAGGAAGGCAUGGCAAAAUCCAAUGCAAAACACAGAGUUUGUUCCCGGGAAUCCUCAGUGUCUUCUCUGUUAGCAAGCUGCAGCCUGGGUGGUAGUCGCUCCUCUAACCCUGAUGGCUCUUUUCAGUACAAGGAUAAACUGUACAGUUCUGCAUCACAGGCUCUGCAGGCCUAUAUUGACGAUUUUGAUCUAAGCCGGAUGCAUCCUGGUGUAACCACUGGAAAGAUUAACGUUUACAAAUGUCCUGCUAAUAUGCCAGAAUUCUCCAGCUAUAUUUAUAAACCAAACAGUGCUUUUGAAAAUUUUGAUCACAAAAGAAGCUCCUUAUCUUCUAGAAGACGGACUAUUAAUGACAUAGACUCUGUUAGCCUAACAACUGAUGAUCUACUAAAGCUUCCAGCGGAUGGAUCAUUUCCUUUUACUUGUGUUGGACCAGGUCACAGAAUUAGCAAGAAAACCAAGAAAGUCAAUGGAAGACGGAGUUCAUUGGACAUGGAAAAGAAUCAAAAUUCUCAAGGACCCUCUACUGCCAUGAACAAGGAUAACUUAAUAUACACAAAUGUACAUGGAAAGCAGUCUCGUAGGCUAAAAAACGUAAAACUUGUAGAUAAGACAAAUAAAUACACUUCUGAACCAUCUUUAUCUUUUUCCAAGAAAUCAUCUUUCAAGGAAAGUUCAGAACACAAUCUUGAAAAGAAUUAUCCAAGAUGGCUCACAGGCCAGAAAUCUGAUCUUAAUAUUUCAGGGAUAACUAGUAUACCUGACUUCAAAUACCCAGUCUGGCUGCACAAUCAAGACUUACUACCUGACACAAAUAGCCAAAGAUUUAAAGAAGAGCAGUGUUCCCCAAGACAUAGUUAUCAGGCACAAAGAACUUCACGACUUAUGAAUAAAUUAGAUUGCUUUGAAUAUUCUUUUGAACCCUCAAAUAUUCCAGAUUUCUUGAGUGGUGAUAAAGGAUUAGUUAAUGAAUUUAAAUGUGAUUCUGAACAUAGCCAAUGUCAAUGUGAAAAUCCACUUCUUCCAGGACAAUCCAAAAAGCCAUUCAAUGGUGACAAAAUUGAAUUGCUUAUCCUUAAAGCCAAGAGAAAUCUAGAGCGUUGUACUGAAGAAUUACCGAAGUCUAUGAAACAAGAAGACAGUCCUUGUUCAUUAGAUAAACUUGAAGCAGAAAGAUCAUGGGAAAAUAUUCCUGUUACUUUCAAAUCUCCUGUUCCUGUUACCUCUGAAGAUAGUCCUCAACAGGCUUCAAGGGCCAAGUGUGAUAACGGGUUCCUUGAAGACUUUUUAAAUAAUGACAAUCAGAGCUGUACCCUUUCCGGAGGGAAGCAUCAUGGCCCUGUUGAAGCCCUGAAACAAAUGUUAUUUAAUCUUCAGGCUGUACAAGAAAGUUUUAACCAGAACAAAACUACAGAGCCGAAAGGAGAGGUUAAGCAAGUUUCAGAAGAUGAUUUCUCUGAAUUACAAUUGAAGGAAAGUAUGGUUCCUAUUACUAGGUCACUUCAAAAGGCUUUGCACCAUUUAUCUCGCCUGAGAGACCUGGUUGAUGAUACCAGUGGGAAACAGUCACCGAAAAUGUGA